AAUUGAGUUAAAACUGUGGACUGGUGAAGAAGAAAAGGAAAUUAAAAGUGUAGCUUCAACGGUGAAUUCAUUGCAUGCAAAUAAGAUGCUUGUUAUUUCUCAUAAAAAAGAAAAAAUACAGGAUAUUACAACAAAUAUCUUAAACUUAAAGCGGAGUGUGGAAAAACAUGAUACUUAUCAAGAUAUUUAUAAUAUCUUGAACAAAUUAGUUCUAAAGUCUGAUGAUAAUGAUUAUGAUUCAUUAAAUAUGGAAGUUAUAGAUAUCACCUCCAAGUGGGCAAGUAAAUUUAAAGAUACCACAGUUAAUUUUGCCAAAGAUACCACAGUUAAUUUUGCCAAAGGUGUGUUUUCAAAGAAAUUGAAAUUGGAAGAAGAUUUGGUGGAAGAGUGUAAAAAAGUUAUUCAAGAAUCUUAA